CACAGACGACAAUACUGAAUACAUACAAGGCGUAUUGCGUAUCCGCGAAUCAACCUUCCUAUACCUCGUAAUCCGUCCGCCGAACUCGCAACGCAAGGCAUGCGCUGAAUGCGCUGGACGUUGUGAGUAAACUCGCCGGUUUGCAUGGCACCGUAUCCUUCUCCAGUCCCAUCAACACGGUUUAUCCACCGCCCAAACGCCGGCCAGUUGAACUUGCUAGGCGGCCGCCGCUACGACACGCCAGGCAUGUCCCCGUUCGCCGAUAAACACCAUGUUCGGUAACAGGACCGCGACGGCCCUGUCCAUCCUGCAGAAAACGUACGAUGAGAGCUACCUAACCUGUUCCACCGCUGUCUAUUAUGAGAGCCAAGGAAAUGAAAGCGAGGCACUGCGAUGCUGGCGACAGGCCCUCGACCAAAUUCAGGACCAUAACGCCAACAGAGCACUACCCAAUUUCACACCACGUUCCGAAACCGAAAGGGCACUGUUAGACAGCAUCCGGCAACUGGAACUGCAAUGCAAAGAACGAAUCGACCUCCUUGAGGCCCUCCGCCUAUCGCGCCAGGAAGCGUUUGAGGCUGGCCGGCCUUCGUCUCAGUGUCAUGCGGAACAAUCAGACUCUGAGCCACGCAAUGGCGCGGGGCUUGGGGCGCAAGAGCAGGGCUGGAUAGGGAACGGAACUAUUCCCGCAGUUACGUACACCGAACUUGCUAGGCCAGAGCUGCUGAGACGGAGGUCAACUCAUUCCAGAACUCCUCCCUCUCAGCCAGCUGCGUCAUCUUCACCAUCCCGGAAACCGCCCGCCUCCACCCCGACACAAAUCUCCCCGGAAAAGAAGACGUCGCGAGGUCCCAGUCCAGAGAGGCACACAAUACGCACCACUCUACGACCGAACCGGCCGGGAGAGAAACUUACGAAAACUUCUUUGCGGCCCCUAGGCCAGAGACGAGCAGAAGGUCCUGGUGCUAGCAAAGCCGCGAUUUUGGCUUGGGGCAUGCUCGGUUCGCGAGACCCUGCAGACCAAAGCUUGGCUGACGGCCAAGAGCUGGGACCGUCGCUCUCAAACACGGCUACGCCGACUGAACCAUUGCCCAGGAAUUCGGAAUCGGUACCCAAGAUAUCCGACAGCAAUUCAAGAAGGCUCACCACCCCACGAACCCGAAGUCCGGUGAAGCCUUCUGACAGAAGGACAAGUGUUGAUUUGACCGACCGACUGCAGGCUGAUACCAAUCCGUGCCCUCGACCCUCUCCAAUAUCUGUGAGCGCAGCCUCUAGUGCCUUAGCCUCGCUCGCGCUGAAGGAUAACCCUGAGCGUCCCUCGCCGGUCCGGGAACGGAUACCCCGGCAGAGGACCGCCCCCCCGCUUACGUCGUUACUAAAGAAGCCGAGGGAACCGCCGGGUGCAGACCGGACCUUGUCGGACGCGCCAAAGAGUCAGCCCUUGGGAAGGAAGGGCUCAUCGGAUUCUGCUGUCGUUUCCCGAAGAUCAGCUUCUAAAUCGCACUCUACCAGCAGGCCCAAGACUCCGAGGAGUCCCUCUAAUCUGAACAUCAGCACUUCACCAGUGGGGAGAAGGAGAAAGAAUCACCGACCGAGGUUGUCUUCCUCUCCCUCGACAUCCGACCUUUCUUCUUCAUCAUUCGACACCCCAGCUCCGUCUUCGCGACAAAGGCACAAUAGAGGCCGACAAAGAGAAGCACCAUUAAUUGCCGACCCCCUAGCUGAACACUCUGACAGCUCGACGGGAGAUGAACAAAAGAAUCUUGCCAGGUUGUGGAAGAAGCGGAAAGCUGCAGUUCUCCAAAAACUCCCACCCGGCGUCGAUCAAUCUGCGGCGAAACAAAUACUCAACGAAAUCAUAGUGCAAGGCGACGAAGUCCACUGGGCCGAUAUCGCCGGCCUUGAAACAGCCAAGAACGCACUGCGCGAGACAGUUGUCUACCCCUUUCUUCGCCCGGACCUCUUUAUGGGGUUGCGUGAGCCGGCCAGGGGCAUGCUACUCUUUGGCCCUCCGGGCACGGGCAAGACGAUGCUAGCCCGCGCAGUCGCAACCGAGUCUAAGUCUACUUUUUUCUCCAUUUCAGCGAGCAGCUUCACAAGCAAGUAUUUGGGGGAGUCCGAGAAGCUUGUCCGUGCUCUCUUCGCUCUGGCUAAAGUGUUUGCUCCGAGCAUCAUUUUCGUUGACGAGAUUGACUCGCUGCUGUCCCAGCGAUCUGGAACGGGGGAACACGAGGCCACGCGGCGAAUCAAAACUGAGUUUUUGAUUCAAUGGAGCGAUCUGCAGCGUGCCGCGGCCGGGAGAGAGGCAAUGGACAAGGACAAGGAGCGUGGGGACGCGAAUAGGGUGCUUGUUCUCGCCGCUACAAACCUGCCGUGGGCGAUUGACGAAGCUGCACGGAGGAGGUUUGUGAGGCGUCAGUAUAUACCGCUGCCCGAGGCAGCCACGAGAGCAGUGCAGCUCAAGACGCUACUCCAGCAGCAAAAGCACAACUUAAGCGAUGCCGACAUUGACACCCUAGUCUCUCUGACUGAUGGAUUUUCGGGUUCGGAUAUCACAGCGCUGGCCAAAGAUGCGGCCAUGGGGCCGCUGCGGUCUCUUGGAGAGGCCUUACUUCACAUGACCAUGGACGAGAUUCGACCCAUUGAACUAUCAGACUUCCUUGCUAGCCUCAACACUAUCAGGCCCAGUGUUAGCAAGGCGAGCCUCCAACAGUACGAGGAGUGGGCAAAGGAGUUUGGGGAAAGAGGUGGAUGAAUGAGUCCAUGAUCGAAGCUGAUUCAGGAAUAUGUUCGAAGAACGCCUAUUUGGGCAGUGGUGGACAACCUCUUUACGUGACAAUGCUGAACACAACGGAAAAACGUAACACUUAUCCAGGGGUAUCCAGUUUCCCAAUUAUUUUGACAAAGAAAAUGAGGAUAGACAUGAAAUUCUGAGCUUC